AUGACGGAGUUACCGAGACUGUCCCGGGCUAUGCGAGCCAACACUGACCUGGAUGUGCAACGAAAUCUUACCCUUGAUCCCAAGGAACGAGCCGCUAUACAGCUGUUCCGCAAAAAGGAAGUUACGAGUGGUGUAUCGUGGAAGGAACUGAAACUGUUCAUUAACAGCAAUGUAGAUCCAAAAAUUGGCGGUGUUCUAGCGAAACAGCUGCGAGACCUGUGGGAAAUGAGCCGAGAGAUGGUAGGCUCGGAAGAAAAUGCUGAGCUGGUCGAUGAAGCGGCUAUACUAGUGUUGAGGUUAUUCCUAGAUCAGAAGGUUGUAAUGAUGAAGCACUUAUCUAAGCUGAAGAAAAUGUUUGGCCAAGUUCCAAACGCUUUAAUCAACAAAAUGUGUACGUUGGUGUUUGAUAUCAGCAGUAAUUUAAACCCAGAAUGUCGGACAUAUCUCGAAGAGCAAGAGAUAAACGAAAACGGGCAUGCGGUAGAAGGCUUUGGUGAAGACAUCGAGUGCAAUUUGUCGCUGGAACGGGAAACGCACGACCACAGCAAGCUGAUGGAUCUUUCUCCCGCGAACCCAUUGGAUAGCCAGGUGGCACAAAGGUUUUCGAUGAACUACGAUGCUAUUCAAAAAACUGCCGAACCGGUAGCGGGAUGUUCCGGAAUCUCGGCCACCAAGCAGCAACCGGAAAAAUAUACUCGCAGCUGGCUGGCCCAGCAAGUUCCACCGGAUUUGGUGGACAAUCUGAUGGAAUUACUCAAGUCGGCCAAAACGAAUGACGAGCUGCAGAUGGAUUUGUUUGACUUUCUGGGGGUGGAGUACUUGGACGUCAUACCGGAAAUGCUACAAAACCGGAAGCAUCUGAUCGAGUCAGUGAAAGCAUUGAAGCAAAUUAAAGUGAUGAAAAAGAUACAGCAAGACAUGGAAGCCAUGCAACACGCCCCGUCCUACCUGAUGCCGGUGACAAUACAAACGGAAUCACAGAAGCAGAUGCGCAAGCAGGUGAACAAAGAGCAGAAAAAACUGAAAAAGUUCCUUAACGAGACGGCGGUCGACAAGAAGGGAGACUGUGUUGAGAUCGAUCCAAUUCAGUUACGUCAGAAUUAUCAGAAAAGUUUAAUGCUUGCUGCACAAAUGCCCCAAAUGCUGUUGGAAAAAAUUAAAGCGAAGAGAGGCGUGCUGCCAAUAUCGAAGCCACCCACAAAGCAGGUGAAGUAUCCGAACGUGUACGACUCGUACAGUGAAGCUCGCAGCCACGUCGGAUUCAUAGCGGGCAAUAAGAUUGUUCUUCCGGAGAAUGUCGAGCGAACGGAUAACAAGCUGUACGAAGAGGUUAAAAUUCCUGCCACCGAUCCACCGCCUUUGUCGAUCGGUAGCGAAAGGAUCAAAACCAGCUCUUUGGAUGAAAUCGGGCAGAUUGCGUUCAAGGGAUGCGAAGAGUUGAAUCGGAUUCAAAGUGUCGUGUAUCCGGCAGCAUAUAAUAGCAACGAAAAUUUGCUUGUAUGCGCCCCGACUGGAGCGGGUAAGACCAAUGUAGCCAUGUUGACGAUUGUAUACACUAUCAGACAGUUCGUCGAUCAAGGCGUGAUACAUCGUGAUCAGUUCAAGAUUGUGUAUGUGGCGCCGAUGAAGGCACUGGCAGCAGAAAUGACGAGCAACUUCGGCCGGCGGUUGCAACCGUUGGGCAUUUCUGUGCGAGAACUCACCGGUGAUAUGCAGCUAUCGAAGGCUGAGCUUCAGCAGACGCAAAUGAUCGUUACCACGCCCGAAAAGUGGGACGUUGUAACACGCAAGGGUGCCGGCGACGUUACGUUCAUCAGUUUGGUGAAACUGCUCAUCAUCGACGAGGUACACCUGCUGCACGGCGAACGUGGACCCGUGGUGGAGGCGCUCGUAGCUCGAACUCUCCGCCUGGUAGAAUCUUCCCAAAGCAUGAUUCGAAUCGUUGGUUUAUCGGCCACACUUCCCAACUACAUUGACGUGGCACGGUUUUUGCGCGUUAACCCAAUGAUCGGACUAUUCUUCUUUGAUUCCCGCUUCCGACCGGUUCCGCUAAGCACCAACUUUAUAGGCGUGAAAGCGCUGAAUGCGCUGAAGCAGCUUUCGGACAUGGACAUGAUUUGUUACGAGCGCUGCAUUGAUAUGGUACGCCAGGGUCACCAAGUGAUGGUGUUUGUGCAUGCGCGCAACGCUACAGUACGUACGGCCACUUUGAUCAAAGAUCUUGCGCAGCAAAAAGGCCACAUCAAUCUGCUCCUACCGGAAAGCAACCCCGAGUAUGGAAGUGCACUAAAAACAGUGUCGAAGAGCCGCAACAAACAGUUUGUGGAACUGUUUCAAAACGGACUGGCAAUGCACCACGCAGGCAUGUUGCGCCAGGAUAGAAAUUUGGUCGAGAAAUACUUUGCCGAUGGAAUGAUUAAGGUGUUGGUGUGUACGGCGACGCUUGCUUGGGGUGUUAACUUGCCGGCGCAUGCGGUCAUUAUCAAGGGAACGGAAAUUUACGACUCGAAGCACGGUACGUUCGUGGAUUUGGGAAUACUGGAUGUGCUUCAGAUAUUCGGUCGAGCGGGACGUCCGCAGUACGACAAGAGCGGCGUUGGUACGAUCAUUACCACGCACGAUAAGCUAAACCACUACCUUUCACUAUUGACCAAUCAGUUCCCGAUCGAGUCAAACUUCAUCCAGUGUUUGGCGGAUAACCUGAAUGCCGAGGUGACCCUAGGUACAAUCAGCAACAUUGACGAAGCGAUCGUUUGGCUAAGCUACACGUAUCUUUUCGUGCGUAUGCGAAUGAAUCCACAGUGCUACGGACUAAACUACGACGAUCUGCGCGAAGAUCCAUCGCUGGAACAGAAACGCCGACAGUUGAUCCAUACGGCAGCGAUGUCCCUGGACAAGGCGCGUAUGUUGCGAUACAACGAUCGUACUGGCGAUUUGAAUGUAACGGAUCUCGGUCGGACGGCGUCACAUUUCUACAUCAAGUACGACACGGUGGAAGUGUUCAACGAAAUGCUGAAACCGAUCAUGACCGAUGCGGACAUUUUGCAGAUGAUGUCAAACGCGCACGAGUUCCAGCAGCUGAAGGUGCGUGACGACGAGAUGGAUGAACUGGACGAACUGACGCACAUCUGUUGCGAGGUGCCGGUCCGUGGUGGCAGCGAAAACAUCCACGGCAAAGUGAACAUCCUCAUGCAGACGUACCUGUCGAAGGGUAUGGUACGUUCGUUCUCGCUAAUGUCCGACAUGUCGUACAUUACGCAGAACGCGGUACGAAUCGCUCGGGCCCUCUUCACGAUGGUGCUGCGCGCCAACAAUCCCAUCCUGGCCGGACGAAUGCUGAACGUGAGCAAGAUGUUCGAGAAACAGAUGUGGGAGUUUCAGACACCAAUGUACCAGUUCAACCUACUUCCGUUGGACGUUGUGGAUAAGAUAGAGAAGCGUGGUCUAAGUGUACUCGCUCUCCGGGAUAUGGAGGAGAAGGAGAUUGGAGACUUUCUGCGGAACCAUCGGUAUGCGAAGAUGGUAAAACGAUGCGCGGAGGAGUUUCCGAUGCUUGAAAUCGAAGCUACACUUCAACCGAUCACUAGAACGGUACUGCGAAUAAGGGUGUUUAUACGGGCUUCGUUCCGGUGGAACGAUCGUGUGCACGGCAAAACGGCAGAAUCGUUCUGGAUAUGGAUAGAGGAUCCGGAGAGCAACUACAUCUAUCAUUCGGAGUACUUCCAGAUUACGAAACGGCAGACAAUGCGACAGGAAGAUCAGGAACUGAUCAUGAUCAUUCCAUUGAAGGAUCCCUUGCCUCCCCAGUACUACAUACGAGUUGCCAGUGACACCUGGUUAGGUAGUAACAAUCUGGUACCACUUUCCUUCAAGCAUCUCAUUCUGCCGGAAGUACAUCCCCCGCAUACGGAGCUGUUGCCCCUGCAACCUCUGCCUGUGACGGUGUUAAAUAAUCGAAAGUACGAAUCAUUGUACAGCUUCACCCAUUACAACCCCAUUCAGACGCAGAUCUUCCACUGUCUUUACCACACGGACAACAACGUACUGCUCGGAGCACCUACCGGAUCCGGUAAAACAAUCGCUGCCGAAAUGGCAAUGUUUCGCGUGUUUCGUUUGCUCCCAGCGGGCAAGGUAGUGUACAUUGCACCGCUGAAGGCGCUGGUAAAGGAACGAAUGGACGACUGGAAGGUGCGGCUCGAACAAAAGUUGGGCAAAAAGGUGGUAGAACUGACCGGAGACGUUACACCGGACGUUCGGGCGAUUAAGGAAUCGUCGGUGAUCGUUACCACGCCCGAGAAAUGGGACGGCAUUAGUCGAUCGUGGCAAACGCGUGAUUAUGUGCGAGAUGUUGCAUUGAUCGUGAUUGACGAAAUCCACCUCUUGGGUGAAGAUCGUGGUCCAGUGCUGGAGGUGAUUGUGUCGCGAAUGAACUUCAUUUCGUCGCAUACGGAACGAACGGUGCGGAUCGUUGGACUUUCGACGGCAUUGGCAAACGCACGUGAUCUGGCAAACUGGCUCGGGAUCGAUACGAUGGGUUUGUACAACUUCAAACCGUCCGUCCGUCCGGUACCGCUGUCGGUGCACAUCCAGGGAUUCCCGGGAAGGCAUUACUGCCCGCGAAUGGCCACCAUGAAUCGUCCCGCGUACCAGGCUAUUCGGCAGUAUUCACCAUGCACUCCGGCGCUUAUUUUUGUAGCGUCUCGUAGACAAACUCGUCUUACGGCGCUGGACCUGAUCACGUUCCUGGCAAGCGAAGACAACUCCAAACAGUUCCUACACACGUCCGAAGAAGAGAUGGAGCAGAUACUGCAAAACGUUCGCGACAGUAACCUUCGGCUGACGUUAGCGUUUGGCAUCGGUAUGCACCAUGCAGGGUUACACGAGCGCGAUCGCAAGACGGCGGAGGAGCUGUUUUUGAACAGAAAAAUUCAAAUUCUCAUCGCAACGGCCACCUUAGCGUGGGGAGUCAAUCUUCCCGCCCAUCUGGUGAUCAUCAAGGGAACGGAGUUUUACGAUGGCAAGCUGAAACGAUAUGUAGAUAUGCCUAUCACUGACGUGCUGCAGAUGAUGGGUCGUGCUGGACGACCACAGUUCGGCAAUGAGGGUAUUGCCUGCGUGUUCGUUCAGGACACGCGAAAGAACUUUUACAAAAAGUUCCUGUACGAUCCAUUCCCGGUGGAAUCCAGCCUACUGGCCGUGUUGCCGGAUCACAUAAACGCCGAGAUCGUGUCGGGAACGUUACGAACGAAGCAGAGCAUCCUGGAUUAUCUUACCUGGACGUACUUCUACCGUCGAUUGCUACGCAAUCCCACCUACUACGGGCUGGAGAACACGGAAAUGGACAAUGUGAACUGCUUCCUUUCGGAACUAAUCGAGAAAAUGCUCGAUAAGCUUAUACGGGCCGGAUGUGUGAUAGUGGAGGAAGAUAACAGAUCCCUCAUAGCCACCUCGAUGGGGCGCAUUUCUUCCUAUUACUAUCUAUCGCACAUCACCAUGCGUCACUUUGCUGAUACGCUGCGAUACGAUAUGAGCAUGGAAGAGCUACUACGUGCGAUGGCAGACGCGGCGGAAUUCGAAGAGCAUCCUGUCCGCCAUAAUGAAGAUUUAUAUAACGCUGAUUUGGCGAAACUAUGCCCACUAAAGGUGGAUUCGCUAUCUGUCGACAAUCCGCACACGAAAGUAUUCCUGCUUUUGCAAGCUCACUUAUCGCGGCUUCCCUUACCAAAUUCCGAUUACGGAACGGACACGAAAUCGGUGCUCGAUCAAUCGAUACGAAUUCUUCAGGCCAUGGUCGAUAUCAGCGCGGAAAGUGGUUGGCUUGCGACAACGCUACGGAUACAACAGCUGAUGCAGUGUAUAAUCCAAGCACGCUGGCUAGAUGAUCCCGUUGUCAUGACGCUCCCCAACGUCGAAUCGCACAAUGCGGCUAUCUUCAGCCAGAUAAAAACAGAUUUACCAUUCCUGACGCUUCCGGCUUUGAAAGAAAAUUGUAACCGAAAGUACGAAAACCUAGCUGCACCGUUACGGCAGGAGUUUGAGGAACCGGAAAUUGAGCAGAUUUACAAGGUGAUAAGUGAGUUGCCCUCACUGAACGUUCAGAUUUCGGUACGCGGACCGUACGGUACGGAGGGAGAUGUGGACCGGCCAGUCCAGCAACCCACGCACCGUGAUCAAUGGAUGGAGCUGUAUGCCGAUCAGGAGUAUGUCGUUUGCGUGCAGCUAAUACGAUUGGGUUCGUUCGAUGCGCUCCGCAUAAACUGUCCCAAGUUCCCGAAGGGUAAAGAUGAGGGUUGGUUCCUAACGCUGGGUCAUCAAGCGGAGGGAGAACUAAUAGCCCUGAAACGAUGUGUGUACCGCAGCAAUCGUAGUACUCAUCAGCUGUGCUUUUAUGCCCCUUCGCGUGUUGGACGUUGUAUAUACACAGUGUACCUGCUUUCCGAUGGCUAUAUAGGGCUGGAUCAACAGUACAACAUACAAUUCGAAGUGGUGCCUGCUCCGGUCAGUGAAAAAGAUGGAGCGCAACAAGUGUUUGCGAAAGGUGAAGGAUUCUGGUAAACCUGCAGAAUAGUGCACCGGAGCAAUGAUCUUAACGAGCAAUGAUAUGAACGGAAUAAUACAGA